CACGGUUUUCACUUCUCCAACGUUCUUCUGCACAGCGCACUUCCCACAAGACCCUGAAAUGGGUUAUCUGAGCAGAGCUUCCAAAACCCUAAGGCAAUCGAAUUACUUAUCGUUGUUAUGCAGUUUCAAUCUCAAUUUCAACCCAUUAACCAACAGAAUAACCCAUGAACGCUUUUCUGUGAGGCGUGAACUGUUCUGUUCACAGUCACGCCAAUACAGCACCACCACGAGAGAGAAAAGCACCAUAGAUUUGAGCCAAUACCCUCCGGAGCUCGUUAGAAACUUCUCAAUCAUUGCGCAUGUAGAUCAUGGCAAGUCCACCCUCGCUGAUCGACUUCUAGAACUCACUGGAACCAUUAAGAAAGGCCAUGGCCAGCCCCAGUAUCUUGAUAAAUUGCAGGUGGAGAGAGAAAGGGGAAUCACAGUUAAAGCCCAGACAGCAACGAUGUUCUAUAAGCACAGUGUAAAUGGUGAUGAUUUCAGUGAUGGAAAGGAGUCACCUAAUUUUUUGCUGAAUCUUAUUGAUACUCCUGGACAUGUUGAUUUUAGUUAUGAAGUGUCAAGAUCAUUGGCAGCUUGUCAAGGUGUGCUUUUGGUUGUUGAUGCUGCUCAGGGAGUCCAAGCUCAAACUGUUGCUAACUUUUACCUUGCCUUUGAGUCUAACCUAACAAUUGUGCCGGUUAUAAACAAGAUUGAUCAGCCAACUGCUGAUCCUGAUCGUGUUAAAGCCCAAUUAAAAUCAAUGUUUGAUCUUGAUCCAAAUGAUGCACUGCUAACAUCUGCUAAAACUGGAGAGGGUCUUGAGCAAAUCCUUCCGGCAGUUAUACAGCGUAUACCUGCACCUCCUGGUAGGAGGGAAUCUCCUCUUCGCAUGCUUUUACUUGAUUCAUAUUAUGAUGAAUACAAAGGGGUAAUUUGUCAUGUUGCUGUUGUUGAUGGUGUCCUGAGCAAGGGGGAUAAGAUUUCCUCUGCAGCUACUGGUCAGUCGUAUGAAGCUUUAGAUGUUGGCAUCAUGCAUCCUGAACUUACACCUACUGGUAUCUUACUUACCGGACAAGUUGGUUAUGUUGUAAGUGGCAUGCGAACAACUAAAGAGGCCCGUGUUGGUGAUACAAUUUACCAUACUCGGACUUCUGUAGUAGAGCCUCUUCCAGGGUUCAAGCCAGCAAAACAUAUGGUGUUCUCUGGUCUUUAUCCAGCAGAUGGAUCUGAUUUUGAAGCUCUAAAUCACGCAAUAGAGAGGUUGACAUGCAAUGAUGCCAGUGUCUCUGUUACUAAAGAAACUAGUACUGCUCUAGGUCUGGGGUUCAGGUGUGGGUUUUUAGGCCUUCUGCACAUGGAUGUUUUUCAUCAAAGACUUGAACAGGAAUACGGAGCUCAUGUUAUCUCAACUAUUCCUACUGUGCCUUACACAUUUGAGUUUUCUGACGGAAGCAAGUUAGAAGUUCAGAAUCCUGCUUCAUUACCCUCUAAUCCCAAGCAAAAAGUGACAGCCUGUUGGGAACCUACAGUUAUAGCUACUAUAAUCAUUCCUAGUGAGUAUGUGGGACCUGUUAUUACCCUUGUCUCUGAGCGUAGGGGUCAGCAGUUGGAGUAUUCAUUCAUUGACAGUCAACGGGUAUUCAUGAAGUACCGCCUGCCUUUGAGAGAAAUUGUUGUUGACUUUUAUAAUGAGUUGAAGAGUAUAACAUCAGGCUAUGCUUCAUUUGAUUACGAGGACUCAGAUUAUCAACAAGCUGAUCUGGUAAAACUUGAUAUUCUCUUGAAUGGACAACCAGUUGAUGCAAUGGCAACCAUAGUUCAUAACACGAAAGCAUACCGCGUUGGGCGUGAACUGACAGAGAAAUUGAAAACUGUCAUAGACAGGCAAAUGUUCGAGAUAACCAUACAAGCUGCCAUUGGGUCAAAAAUCAUAGCAAGGGAGACGAUUUCUGCAAUGAGGAAAAAUGUUCUUGCCAAGUGUUAUGGUGGUGAUGUUACUCGAAAAAGGAAGCUAUUGGAGAAGCAAAAAGAAGGAAAAAAGAGAAUGAAGCGUGUUGGUUCUGUUGAUAUACCACAAGAGGCAUUUCACCAACUACUGAAAGUUUCUUAGAAGACUACUUUUGAAGAUAUCUGUGUAUGAGUAUGACACAAUGAUUUUUCAACGGAGUUUUGAAAACUACACCUGCCAUAUAACAAGCUGUUCAAAUUUGCUUCAGAAAGAGGCUGAAAAGAACUCAGCCACUGCUGGUUGAUUAAUGAUUGCCAGGGACUCCUUGAAUUCUUUGUUUCAUGGAUCAACACGCACAGUCUUGCCGCAUAAAAUUAAUCUAAUAAAAUAAACCGUAUAAUCACUUUUGUAGCAGAAAUUUUCAACUAUAGGAUGUACCAUGUUCUUGAUACAGCUUACGAUAUGUGUCCUUUUA